GGGGGGUGGCUGUCACUCAGAGAGCCCUUUUCUUUGCUGGAGAGCGGGACAGGCACCCAGAGGGGGAGUCCAGGGCGUGGGAGCCUGGCAGGGAGGCUCGCACAGCACCGGAGCAGCAGAGCCACCGCGGGACGUGACCAAGUCCAGCACCAUGGGUUUACUCGAGUGCUGUGCCAGAUGUCUCAUUGGGGCACCCUUUGCUUCCUUGGUUGCCACUGGCCUGUGCUUCUUUGGGGUAGCGCUGUUUUGUGGCUGUGGGCACGAAGCCCUCACAGGCACCGAGCAGCUCAUCGAGACCUACUUCUCCAAAAACUACCAGGACUAUGAGUUCCUCCUCGAUGUCAUCCACGGCUUUCAGUACUUCAUCUACGGCACAGCUGCCUUCUUCUUCCUCUAUGGAGCCCUGCUGCUGGCCGAAGGCUUCUACACCACCGGCGCCGUCCGGCAAAUCUUUGGGGACUACAGGACCACCAUCUGCGGCAAGGGCCUCAGCGCAACGGUAACUGGGGGCCCGAAAGGGAGGGGAGCGCGAGGCCCCCAGCGAGCUCACUCGUGGCAGCGGGUGUGUCAUUGUUUGGGAAAGUGGCUAGGACAUCCUGACAAGUUUGUGGGCAUUACCUACGUCCUGACCAUCAUCUGGCUCCUGGUGUUCGCCUGCUCCGCGGUGCCUGUCUACAUCUAUUUUAACACUUGGACCACCUGCCAGUCCAUUGGCAACCCCACCAAGACCUCGGCCAGCAUUGGCACCCUGUGUGCGGAUGCCAGGAUGUACGGUGUCCUGCCCUGGAAUGCUUUCCCUGGCAAGGUGUGCGGCUCCAACCUGCUCUCCAUCUGCAAGACCAGCGAGUUCCAGAUGACUUUCCACCUCUUCAUCGCAGCCUUCGUGGGGGCAGCUGCCACGCUGGUCUCACUGGUCACCUUCAUCAUCGCCACCACCUACAACUUCGCAGUCCUCAGGCUGAUGGGCCGAGGCACCAAGUUCUAGCCCACGAGGCGGAGCCCAGCCAGACCAAACGCCCUUCUUUGUCUAACCCCGAGGCUUUAACACUGCAGCCACCUGACACCAGGUCUCCUGCGUUAACUCUGCCUUCGCUGAUGACUCCCCUCCUCUUCCUCCCUCGCAUCCAUUGAGCUGAGGUGACCAGGAAGGAGAGCCUCCCACCAACGGACGCCUCUUCAUGCACUUUUCUCUCGUUGCUCAUCCGUAGCCGGCUCGCUCUAGAGCCAAGCCCAACAAAACCAGAGAAGAGGAGGGACUUUCUCCAAUGUCCCAGUGUUGCCUAGGGAUGAGCAAAGGCCUUCAAGCUCCUGGGAGGAAGAAAUCCAUGUAGGUUGCUCCAUGAGUAGCAAGAGGCUACCUAGAGAGAAAAGGAAGUUGGCCCAAUCCUGGUACCAUUGCUAAAGACUCUCCUGGAGCUGUCUGCUGUCACCACCCAUGGAUGGAGAAUAAGAGAAGGAUUUUUUUCCCUUAGCAGAGAAAGAUGAAUUUAACCUAAAUCGCCAGCUGCAGCCACGGCAAAGGGAGUUCAGGGCAAGGAUCUUCCCAGUGUGGAGAAGAGAGUGCUGAUCCCAAUGCCGAUAAAGCCCUAACCCAGCUGCUCCUAUUAAAGCCUAAAGGAGUUUGGUGUCUCUGUAGACAAGGGGGACCCUUGGCUUUACCCUCCAGGCAGCAGAGAGGCAGCAAAUAGGUUUGACUGAGGAGGGGACACCUCUGCAGCAAGCCCUGGGAGCGUAAAGCCAGAGCCAUCCCUCCGUAGGCAGGGGAUAACCCUCGGGACCGCGUGCCUCGCCUGCCCUGCCAGUGCCCUUCACAAUGGUGCUCUUCUCUGGGGUGAUGUCUGCUUCUCUAACCUCCACUGUGCCAGAGAGCUCGGCUCGCUUCCCCCCCUUUUCAAAUGUAACCACCCCUCCUUCUGUCCCUCUCGCCCCCUCACUUUUUUUCCUGCAAGUCAGGACAGCUGCCUUGUGCCUGCCAGGGUGGGAGGGACUGGCAGCAUCUUGCUUCCAGGUGAAACCCAUGAAGGAAUUGAGGAGGGAAGGAAAGGUGGCGGUUUGGGGGUCACAGGGUGCAAACACAGCCCGUCUCUGCAAUCCAGAUCCUUACUGGUGCCAGUCUUUUCCCAUGGAGAGGGAUGGGGGGCAAGGGGUUGGGUGGAGACCUCUUCUCCAUGACUGUUCUCCAGCUGGAGGAAAGCCCUCUGGCUGUGUAGCAUGGAUCCAGCCAGACCUGCAGAAGUGCUGUUUCCAGUCAUCCCUGACAACUGGUGAUUUGUUUUGCUCUCCCUGCCUCUCUCCUUAGUGCUAAUCUUUGUGUUUAUUUAUUGGAGAAACUAAUUUCAGUGGCAGACUGAAGCUCCAUCUUGCAUGGAUUCUUUUCUCUUUUUUUUUCAUGUCUGUAUUGUUGUUAUAUAUAUUUUUAAGUGCUGGUUUCAGCAGGGGCAAGGAUAAGGAGGCAGAUCUGCUGAGCAGUGCAUUUGAAGGAUCCUUGCUGCCAGGAAUGCUGAAAUAGGUUGGCCAGGCUACCAACGCACACGGGAUGGGGAGGGGGGAGAUGCCAGCAGGGGUGGCAGGGUGGGGAGAAACCAGUCAAGAUCUGGAAAUUCACAUCAGUGCUAUCUCUCUUGGGGGUUUGCUGGGGUUUUUUUUCAUAUCCAUUUAACAAAGAAUAACCAGGUCCUCCUUCCCACCCUUGUCCCCAGACCCCACACACGCACACACACAUACACACACACAUACACACGCAAAAAGAGUUAAUCAACUGAAAGUGUUUCCUUCAUUUCUGAUCUAGAAUUUCAACUUGUUAACCAGCAAUAAAAAGGAGCAAGUUUUUAAAGACUUAUCUUACAGGAUGUAUUUUAUAAAAAUUAAAGAAAAUACAUUAAAAUUAAGAACAUUCUGAACAAGA